UUGUGGGCUGACGCUGACACCCACCCCUGUACAGAGAGCGGGAUCAGCAAGUUCCAGAGGUGUGUUACCGACGGCGAAAAAUACUUCCACCACAUUAAGGGGACUCGUUCAAACUUGAGGGUGCACCUUCGCAGGGGAAGACUGCUGUACUCUGGAGAGGAAACACCUGGUAUAGUGCCCUCGGCCAUGUCUGCUUUGGAGGCCUUUGUCAGCUGGCCCGUGCAACACCACCGGUGGCUGCCGUAUCGCCCCUUACCCUCCCCCGCCAUCUCGGCCCUUGCCACCAAUGUUGGUGGUGAUAAUGGUGCUGCUGUCGGUCUGUCCCGCCGGACAAGCUGCUGCCGUGAGAGCGGAGGUCGCGGAACGGAUCAAGUGCUGCUCGGGUUGUGGUUCAGCGAUGAGAACCGAUCCGCAAGUUUUUGGCGUAAACGACGACGACAGGAGCCCUACGGCCGCCUGUGGCUUCCGUUGGCAUCUUCAGCGACACCAACUCCAACCCCAACGCCUGCUUCAAUCGGAAACGAUGGGACUGCAGCAAAGGGGGAUGGGGCUCCUGCAAGCAGCGGCAACGAGGUGGCGAGUGAUGAAAGUCGUCCUGUGGGAAGCGGAGGGCGGAUGGCGGGUGACAUGUUUGAGUUCGGCACCAACAGGAGAACUGGUCGGCCUGCAUUGGGGCGCGAUGAGGCAAACAAGACGGCGAGACCAUCGAAAGACGAAAGCAGCGGCAGAAGUAGAAGGAAGAGCAGCGCCCCGGGGAGGCUCCGACUGAAGUGGGGUGUGGAUCUCGAUAUUCCGGUACCGGUCGCGCUGGAAGCGCUCGUAAAGGGACCAUGGGACCCUCAGGGAGACAUGUGGGAGAGACAACUCGACAUGGCCGCGCAGGUGAUCUCGCGAAGCGGCGGGGUCGUCUUCAUGGAGCAGCUCGCACCAAUUUUAAACCCUCGGGAAGGCCCGCGGGAAUGGUACCGAGUUUGUGCCGAUGCCGGUGGUGAUUUUUACGAGAAAGGUGACAAGAGCGGCAUCAGUGUCGACGCCGUUGGGGGUGAGGCGCUCGUGCUGCGGGUGUUGCUCGAUCUCAAUGGCAGCCCGGAGGUGACCAGUGACGGUGACAUCCUGUAUGUUUUUCCUGGUUUCGCUCGAGGGAAGAGGGGCCGCGAGGGGAACAUCGAGGCAGACUACCGCAGUGAAGAAAGCGAAACGGGCUCCACAGCCGCCCCCGAGGUCCUCCAGUUCGAGGAAGUUCCAAGGUUGCUGGAGUCGCUACCCAAGAUGAUACCGGAUCAGGGUCCGAAGGUUGUCAAAGAAUUUUUUCAGCGGACAGCAUUGUCGGGGCUUGCGCUGUUCCUCUCCAUGUGCUUGGUUCUGGGCCAGCUCAUUUUCAAUUCGUGGCCAAUCUGGCUCGCAACCGGUCCUGCGUACUUGGUGUGGGUGGGUUUGGAUGACACGUUGAGACGUUCUCGGAACAGGUCAGCUAAGCAAAGGGAUCAAUGGAGGGAACAAUGGGCAGACGUGUGUCGUGGGGAUGGAGACGCGAUUUGGCGAAAGAGGGCAGCGGCGAGGGUGAUGGCGAGAAGGCUUGAUGAUGGCACAUGAUGCUGCCUGCGCAUGUCAUUGCGCGACGCGUGCGUGGUAGCAUGCCCUUGGUUGGUCUGGUAGGGUCGAACAAGUCGGCAUUAUUAUCUGGUCUGUCGUAGAUGCGGCUCUCCUGCUGUCUGCUCUGUGGCUCUCUCCGAUCACAUCUUCCCACAUCGCCUACAGAUCGCGUGCAGGAUGCAUGGGAGGUUCAGCGACCAUGGGUAAGCAAAGCGG